GCGGCACAUGGCAGCAGAGCACUCGAUUUCAGCGCAGGUUAACUAGGUCUGGGCUCUCGCUCGCGCGCCAGAGCACUCUAGGUUUGCUGGGUUACCGCAGGAAUUAAAAUGCAGCUGACUGUUUACUUCUUUUUGGGCUGCAGUGUUUUCUUAGCUUCAGGAUACAACUCCUUUAGUAAGAGCAUGGAGACGAUAGGCAAGAAGCAGUACCAGGUCCAGCAUGGGUCAUGCAGCUAUACCUUCCUUCUGCCCGAGACGGACAACUGCCGAUCUUCUACUUCUUACGUGUCCAACGCAGUGCAAAGGGAUGCACCUUUAGAUUAUGACGACUCGGUUCAAAGACUGCAACUACUUGAAAACAUCAUGGAAAACAACACUCAGUGGCUAAUGAAGCUUGAGAAUUACAUCCAAGACAGUAUGAAGAAAGAAAUGGUAGAGAUCCAGCAAACUGCAGUGCAGAACCAGACUGCAGUAAUGAUUGAAAUAGGCACAAACUUACUAAAUCAAACAGCUGAACAGACCCGCAAAUUAACAGAUGUUGAAGCACAAGUAUUAAACCAGACAACCAGACUUGAACUUCAGCUUUUGGAACACUCUCUUUCAACAAACAAACUAGAAAGACAGAUUUCAGAUCAGACCAACGAGAUAACUAAAUUACAAGAAAAAAACAGCUUUCUAGAAAAAAGAGUUCUUGAGAUGGAAGACAAACACACACUUCAGCUGAAGUCAAUAAAAGAUGAAAAAGAUCAGCUUCAAGUCCUAGUAGCCAGACAGAAUUCUAUUAUAGAAGAACUAGAAAAACAGUUAGUUACAGCUACAGUAAACAACUCAGUUCUGCAAAAACAGCAACAUGAUCUGAUGGAGACUGUUCAUAACUUGCUUACUAUGAUAUCUACACCAAACUCAGCUAAGAACAACUUCAUAGCUAAGGAGGAGCAAAUCAGCUUCAAAGACUGUGCUGAAGCUUUCAAAUCUGGACUGACAACAAGUGGAAUCUACACUUUAACAGUUCCAAACACUGCACAGGAAAAGAAGGCCUACUGUGACAUGGAGACUGGUGGAGGAGGUUGGACCAUCAUUCAGAGACGUGAAGAUGGCAGUGUGGACUUUCACCGGACGUGGAAAGAGUACAAGAUGGGAUUUGGUGAUCCUGCUGGGGAGUACUGGCUGGGAAAUGAGUUUGUUUCUCAACUGACUAAUCAGAAGCGUUACGUUCUUAAAAUACACCUGAAAGACUGGGAAGGAAAUGAGGCGUAUUCAUUGUAUGAACACUUCUCUCUAGCAAGUGAAGAACAAAAAUACAGGAUCUACCUUAAAGGACUCACUGGGACAGCGGGCAAAAUAAGUAGUAUAAGCCAACCAGGAAAUGAUUUUAGCACAAAGGAUGCAGACAAUGACAAAUGUAUUUGCAAAUGUUCACAAAUGCUAACAGGAGGAUGGUGGUUUGAUGCAUGUGGUCCUUCUAACCUCAAUGGAAUGUAUUAUCCAUUACGACAGAACAACAACAAGUUCAACGGUAUCAAGUGGUACUACUGGAAAGGCUCGGGAUACUCUCUCAAAGCCACGACUAUGAUGAUUCGACCGGCAGAUUUCUAAAUGCUUUUGCAUUAUGUGAAUUAUGUAUUGUAUAGUCUUCAAAGACUUCAUUUGCUGAGCAUAUAAACACACAUCUGCAACUUGUCUCAUUUUCAAGCCCAGAAAUCAUGCGCUAGUGUUCUGAAGGGAUCAGUUCAGUACAAUUUCUGAAUUGCAAUAGCCUUGAUCAGCUAAAGCUCAUAUUAUUCAACCAGACACAAAGUUAAAGCAUCAACCUGGUAUAACAGUGAUUUGGCCAAACGACUGAAUAAAAAGAACAUCCAAGAAACUGUCAGACAACUUAAGGACUGUUUUACUGAUCAUUUAUGUUACAUAUGUGUUAGUAAAUAACUGGAACUGUGAAAAAUACCUAAAAUAGUUUUAGAAAUAUGCAUUUUGCCUCAUCACUGAACUUUAAACAUUACUCUAAUAUAAAACACUUAACUAGAUCUAGAACUAUUUAUCUCUCUGUGUCAUGUUUGACUUUUAUGUACAUAAAAAAAAUACUGUCCUGUAAUUAGCUCAAUAUUGCAGUUAAAGAAUACAGUCUUUCCCCCCAUAGUCUCCUAAACAACUUCUUACACUUGUUCAGGGAUUUUUUCCAAUAGCCUGUAUUACUUUAUUUAACAGAGGACAAAUAGCAUUUAAUUACUUUGCAUUUAUUCUUGGGAAAUACCGUGUACAAAGAUCACCAUUUCUUUCAGUUUGUACUUAUUACAGUAACUAUCUUUAAGUUACAAAAACCCCUGCAAAUUACAAUAUAGUAUGUGUUUGUUUAUGUUUUUAUGAAGAUUGCACUUUUUUCCUUUCCUUGUCAUUUACCUGUAAAAUAACUGAUCAGUAUUUUAUAAACUGAGACAACGGCAUUAACACCAAAUGUCCGGUUGUCUAUGACAAUCAGUUAUCACCUGGUGCUGUAGUACAUCUAUACGUUUUGUAAAAAUAACCUAACUGAAAAACAUAUGCAUGCUCUUUGAUACAAUUAAAUUUAUGCUCAUGAGUUAAGAUACAAAUUACUACAUUUUAAAAACAGGAAAAAAACAUCUGAAAGUUAUCUAAGGUCAUACUGUUGGGUUUUUUUCAGUAAGGUUAGGGCUUCUCCCUAGAAAUUCUCUGUAGGUGGGCCCUCAAUGUAUGACGCAAUGUGAAUAAAUUACUCUACUGGGUGAUUUUUGCUUUUUUAAUUUUUUUAUUACUAUAUGUU